AUGAUUCAUAAGCUUCGUGUGCUGUUCGUACCUAUCGAUGCCGUCGGACACGUAAACGCAGCCAUAGGUAUUGCACAGGUAUUGCUGGACGCCGGACAUGAAGUGAUGUUUGCCAUUAAUGUCCAAUGGAAAGGACGACUAGAGCCGUACGGCAUACAGGAAGUGUUGGUCACACAGAGAGACAGAUCAGCCGAUGACGAUCCGGCUAAAUACUGGGCCGAUCUGUUUGUCGGCGGUAAUGGCACCACACGAUUGACACCAUUAGAGUCGAUAAUAAAUACCCGGACAAAACUAGUGCCUAUAUUUAUUGAGGAAACUAAAAAAUUGGACAAAAUAUUAGAUGAAUUAUUACCGAAACUCAAGCCAAAUGUUAUAAUACUGGAUCAGGUGCUUAAUAUACCAUCGAUUGUAAUGUCGGGCAUACCAUGGAUACUGACUUGUAGUUUCAAUCCGUUAUCUUUUCUUGAAGAUGAGCGCACACCUCCAUCUAACUCAGGUUUGCCAGCUUCGGGAUCAAAGAGCGAGUGGAAAACCUUUAGAGAAGCCCUGUUUGCAUCUCAACGGCCAAUAAUCGAAGAUUUUAGCAAAUAUCUGGUCUCACGUGGACUACCGGCUCUAACUGGUGACAUGUUUUGGCACGAAUCGCCUAAUCUCAAUAUAUAUGGUUUUCCACUGGAGUUAGACUAUCUCGAUAUGAGACCAUUGCCAUCAAAUUGGCUAAGAUUUGAUAAUCUUAAGCGUAACGAAAAAUCAAUCAAAUUUGAAAUACCGCAACAAUUGCGGGACAAACCGGGAAAACUUAUAUAUUUUUCAUUGGGAUCUAUGGGCGCAGCAGAUGUCCAACUCAUGAAACGAUUGACUGCUAUUUUGGCCAAAUCUGAGCACAGAUUUAUUGUAGCAAAAGGACCCAAACAUACUGAGUAUGACUUACCUGAUAAUAUGUGGGGACAACAGAGUGUACCUCAACUACAAGUGUUACCUAUUGUUGAUUUGGUUAUAACUCAUGGAGGAAACAAUAGUAUAGCUGAAACUUUUUAUUUUGGUAAACCUCAAAUAGUUAUGCCAUUAUUUGGUGACCAAAAUGAUAACGCACAGAGAGUUCAUGAGUUGGGUUAUGGUAUACGACUGGACACAUAUAACUGUACGGAAAAUGAGUUAUUGUCGGCAAUCGACACACUGUUGAAUGACAACAAAUUGAUUGAUAAACUAAAACAAAUUGCACAACGAAUUCAAUCAGAUAAUAUCCGGUUAAUAUUGAACUGUCCGUCAAUAAGUCAAUUGACUUAUUCAGGCAACACAUGUCUCAUCAUAUGA